GACUGAAUUAUCAGCUAUUAUCUAUAUGUUUACAAAGCCUAACGCAAUAUUGUGAUCUGGGUAUUAUAGUUUUUCGUGUUUUUGAUCGUUAGUUAUCACGUGAGUGGCAGAAAUGGUGAGAGCAAAAGUGUAUAAAUAUAUUAAACAGUUCGAAGGUGAACCAGAUCGAUCCAAUUUCAAGAUAAUAGAAGAGGAAUUGCCUGAAAUCAAAAAUGGAGAAUUUCUGGCGGAAGCUACAUUCCUUAGUGUUGACCCUUAUAUGAAAGCACAUCCCGGUCCUGUAGGUGAAACAAUGUUGGGAACACAAGUGGCUAAAGUAAUAGAAAGCAAAAACCCGAAGUUUCCAGUGGGCAAACUCAUCGUGGGAGGUUUUGGUUGGAGGACCCAUACCAUUUCUAAUGGAGAAGAAGAGGCUUUCCUAGGAAAACCUUACACUCUUCCAGAUUUUGGUGAUCUCUCACCAUCAUUAGCACUUGGUGUACUGGGAAUGCCUGGAAACACAGCUUACUUUGGUUUCUUAGAGCGCAGUAAGCCAAAAUCUGGAGAAACAGUUGUUGUAUCUGGAGCAGCUGGUGCUGUGGGCAGUAUUGUAGGCCAAAUCGCCAAAAUCAAAGGCUGCAACGUGAUCGGAAUCGCAGGUUCAGAUGAGAAGGCAAAAUGGUUGGUUAAUGAGCUGGGAUUUGAUCACUGUAUCAAUUACAAAAGCCAAAACGUCCAUGAAGAAUUAUCGAAGGUUGCUCCAAGAGGAGUAGAUUGCUAUUUCGACAAUGUUGCAGGAGAAAUAAGUGAUACCGUUUUGAAACAUAUGAAUUUAUCAGGAAGAGUUAUUGCAUGUGGAGCAAGUUCACAGUAUAACAAUACCAAUACCAUUUAUGGAUACAACCAAACCAUCAUUGUAUUCCAGCAAUUGAGUAUAUAUGGAUUCGCAAUCAACAGAUGGUUGGACAGAUGGUUGGAAGGAAUAGUCCAGAUGGCGGAGUGGGUCAAACAAGGAAAAGUGAAGUACCAUGAGACGGUAACCGACGGAUUCGAUAAUAUGUUCGAAGCCUUCGCCAAUAUGCUGAAUGGUGCCAACGUCGGAAAAGCUGUCGUCAAAGUGUAACAACAUCUAUGGGAAGAGGAGAUUCAAGAAAACACAAUCUUCCGAUAUUUAUAUGAUUUGAUAUGUGCAGAAGUAUUCAUCUUUUAUCAUUGUAGAACCUAUAUAUCAGCUAAAAUA